AUGAAGAGUGCACAACAAUUAACUGAAGUACAUGAAUCAUCGUUACCACCAUCAUCAUUAUCAUCAUCAUCAUCGCAACUGGCACUGUCGUCCAUGUGGUCAGAAGACGCUUGUGUAGUGGUACUUUCGCACGCCUUGUCUAUAGCGGCGCCAGCACCGAUCCGUUCCCAUGUAACAAGCCUGAUCAAUGCGGCUUACAACUGUACAGACCGAUGUGGUACCGAAUGCGAGAAUGGUGGUUCAGUCAAUGCCAAUUGCAAAUGCGUCUGUGGAUAUGGUUUCGAGGAAAAAAGAAUCCAGUGUAAGGAAUUUGAGGAGCAAACUUUGUUUGUUGAGAGUCCGUGGAUGUCGCGCAUCUUCGAAUCGCCCGAAAGAAGAGAAGUACUUACUGUGUGGCAGGGAAAGUCUCCGCAGCGCUUUUCUUGGAUCCCGUGUACUACUCGUGACAGCUUGAUCGGAAUGCGUUUCGAAAGUGACUCGGAUUGGUUACUGAUCGAAUUGCGCACAAAUCCCUGGUCAGAACGGCCGCAUCGCGGGCCGCGGAUCAGAUAUCGCCUAGUGGAUGCGCCAUAUCAACGAUCGUUACGAGCGUUCACAGCUGAAGUGACGUCUGUCGGGAGUAUAAAAUCCGGUUACGCCCUUACGUUUGUUCCACUUCUACUACUGGCACACCUGUGGUACUCGCACAGUGAUUAA